CUGCUGCAACUGUUAAAAGCUUCCCUUGAACGAGAGAAGACGUUCGUGUUGACCGUUGGUCCGAAAGUUUUUAAUUUAACUGCCAAUCUAUUCGAGAAUUAUUUUACACACUGUCUUGAUUGAAAAGACGAGCAUUUUUUACCCCCAUUCUAUUUUAUUUCAUUUGAUCGGUGUCGAUUUUAAUUACGAAUUUCAAAAUGAAUUCCAAUAAGCCAGUACCUGAACCUGAAAUCAUCCCUGAUAUUCUUCUUGAUCCUGGCACCAAAAAACGUUACGUGAGAGGCAAAUUUCUUGGAAAGGGUGGGUUUGCCAAAUGCUAUGAGCUCACAGACAGCGCUACCAACCAGAUCUUCGCUGGCAAAAUAGUUUCCAAGCAGCUUCUGCAAAAGCAGCACCAGAAGGAUAAGAUGGCCCAGGAGAUUUCUAUUCAUCGCUCGCUGGUCCAUAAACACGUUGUUGGAUUUUACAGUUUUUUUGAGGACAGUAACUUUGUCUUCAUUGUUUUGGAGCUUUGCAAAAGAAGGAGUCUCAUGGAGUUGCACAAAAGAAGAAAGGCGAUCACUGAACCUGAAGCUCGCUGCUUCAUGCACCAACUUUUUCUUGGUGUUAAGCAUCUCCACGAACACAAGAUCAUACACAGAGACUUGAAACUGGGUAAUAUUUUCCUCAAUGAAGACAUGGAGCUGAAGAUUGGAGACUUUGGCCUUGCAACAAAGUUAGAUUUUGAUGGUGAAAGGAAAAAGACUCUGUGUGGCACUCCCAACUACAUUGCACCCGAAGUUUUGUGCAAAAAAGGCCACAGUUACGAAGUGGAUAUUUGGUCUAUGGGCUGCAUUUUAUACACUUUAUUGGUUGGGCAUCCUCCCUUUGAAACACAGUCGCUCAAGGAUACCUACAGCAAAAUCAAAAAGAAUGAGUUUCAUGUUCCGUCUCGUAUUGGUCCUCUGGCUCGUACUCUUAUCAUCAAAAUGCUUCAAGCAGAUCCUAGCAGCCGACCCACCGUGGAUCAAUGUUUGAACGACGACUUCAUGACUCAGGGUUACAUGCCUUCGCGCCUGCCUUUGUCUUGCUUGACUAUGCCACCGCGAUUUGAUCCUCGUCUCAACAACAGUCUUAUUGCCGUCCGUCGACCUCUCGGCGAAAUCAACCGGGAUUCCCCUCUUAUUUCCAAUGAAGUACAAGGCGUCAAGGGCGAACCAGUUAACUCACCAGCCACUGCCGACACACCAUUUCCGGCCGUUCCAUCAGGCCCAUCGCCUCAGCAACUGCUCCGCGACUUGCAGCAACAACUUUUCAAACUUUUCACCUCGAAACCCAACGAGAAAAUUCCAUUCCUCAUGGAUGAGGCCGAAGAUCCUGCUGCCAUUCCGAUGGUGUGGGUUUCCAAAUGGGUCGACUAUUCUGACAAGUACGGCUUUGGUUAUCAGUUGAGUGACGACACGAUCGGUGUCAUUUUCAACGAUCUCACCAAGCUGCUAUUGCACGUCGAUGGAAAAGCCAUUCAGUACGUCGAACGAGAUGGUAUUGAAAAGUACCACACACUGGACUGCUACCCUCCUCAGAUGGAGAAAAAGAUGAAGCUGUUGGCUUACUUUCGGUCCUACAUGCAAGAGAAUUUAAUCAAAGCUGGUGGCUCCGUCCUUCCGAGAGAAGGUGACGAACUUAUCCGCCUACCAUUCCUUCGGCAGUGGUUCCGUACCUCGCGGGCCGUCGUAAUGCAUCUGACCAACGGCACGUUACAGGUCAAUUAUUUCCGAGAUCACGUCAAAAUUAUUCUGUGUCCUUUGAUGGGAGCCGUCUCAGUUAUUGAUGAAGACAAAAAUUUCCGAACAUUCCGGCUCACAUCUCUAGCCCAAUACGGCUGUUCAAAUGAUUUACUACAGCGGUUGGAGUAUGUGCGCGAAAAAAUUUCGUUUCUUUUAGCGCCCAAGUCGCAGACUCACGGUGUCCGCGCCAAGUGAUUUUUUCUUUUUACAUAUAUAUUUCUUUUUAAUGUGAAUAUUCGCCCAAAUCCCAGCUCUUAAUUUUUUAUUUUUUUCAUAUUUUCUGAAUCGUUUUAAAAAUGUGAAACUGCCUCGAGUUGUUUUAAAAUUGAACAUCUAUCUCCCAUACUUCAAAUUCUCUUUCUCUUUUACGGUUUUUUUUUUGCGUUAGAAAUGGUAGAUAAUCUCCCCAUUAUUCUUUUACCUAAAGUAAUACACGUAGUUUUUAAAGUAA